ACCCAGAUUCGGCAGCAGCGAAAGUGUAUCACUCAUAGAAUCACUCGUGACGAUUGCUCCUCUUCUUCGUCCGACUGAUGUGUCGCCGACGUCUCUGAUACCCUAUAAAUACUUACGGGGGUCACGAUUCUCGAACGAACUCAGUUUUUCGUCGGCAUCGCGACCAACAACUAGAACUCAGGAGCGACUGGUCAUGAAGCUUCUUCUGUUAAUGUCACUCGUGGCAGCCAGCAGUGUAGCAGUUACUGUUGAAAACAAUUUGCGUCAAAGAAAUAACGCUCCCCUAAAAGAAAAGAAACAUGGCAAAAGAGGACUGGAUAACUUGGGAUACAGUUUACAACAUGAACAUCUAGAACAUAUAUAUGGACCACCAGUGCAUUCACCUCCGGUUUACGAAGUUCCAACCGCGGACGUCGGUCAUCCGGUACCAGAACAUAUCCCAGAGCCGUCACCGCCGGUCGCCGUUGGACACCCAGUUGCAGCAGUACCGGUUCCUAUUCCGCAACCGAUACCGCAUCCGGUACCACAACCCGUGGCGGUGCCUGUGGCAGUGCCAGUCACUAAGCACGUGCCAAUCGCCAUACCUGUACCGAUCCACAUUGAUCGCGCCGUACCGGUAGCAGUGCCCGUUCCCAAACCGUAUCCAGUCACCGUAGAAAAAAUCGUUCCCGUGGACCGGCCUGUCCCAGUGCCGAUUGAAAAGCCGGUGCACAUCCCCGUAGACCGUCCUGUGCAUGUGCCGGUCCCAGUACCGAAGCCGUACCCUAUCACCUUCGAGAAGAUCGUGCACGUGGACCGGCCGUAUCCGGUACAUGUAGCCGUGCCAGUACACGUACCGAAGCCGUAUCCAGUACCGAUCAGCAUACACGCGCACUAUAAGUCGCACGGCUGGUAAUUUGCUCGUUUCGCAUCAUAUACUCGUCUCUUGGCUCUUCGAUGAUAAUAAUAAUAAUAUUAAUAUAUAUAUAUAUAUAUCUCAUAAGUCGUCACUUGAAACUAGAACUACUGACGAUCGACGCGACUUAUUUUUAUUGGAGCGGUAGAAGUGAUAGAUUUUUUAAGAAAUAUGUUAUG